AAUGUGGGUGGGACUAAAGCGUGCAUCACCCACGGUUAACACUGAUGAACUCUUCUCUGAUACUCCGGCUGGGCUACAAUGAAACAUUUUUGUUACUUUGAAUGACUCUUUUAGCUCUUCGCCCUGUGUGUGGAGCCGCCGUGAGCCGAUCCGUGGCUUGAACUUAGCUGACAGGCAUUAAAUCAUUUGUACAACAGAGCUAUGGCCAGUCCAGAGGACGUGAUCGAGCCGUUGGCAGAGAGCGCAGCUGCCCAAAACCUUAAUAGACGACGCUUCUCACACGACUGCCACGAUUUGACUAAAGACGAGCUAGAUGGCCUCAUGUCACGCAGUGAAGGACGUCCUUUCAUCGUGGUGCAUCAUCUUUCCGAAAUAGAAGAUAAGGGUAUACCUUAUUUCAUCCCUGAUGUUCCUGUUAAAUGCAGACUGGACAACACAGAGAAGCACACUACACGCUCAAGGGUUAGUGUUGGGACCCUGUAUACACUGCAUCUAACACAUGGCCAGUUCCACUGGACUAUAAAGAGGAAGUACAAGAACUUUCAGGAGGUGCAUCGCGACCUUUACAAGCACAAGAUGAUGCUUCAUUUACUGCCUAUUGGAAGAUUUGCAAAGGAGAGGCAGCAGCUGAGAAAUAUGUCGGAGGAAAUGCCCAGCCUACAUGGGACUGAGCGGGCCAGAAGAACCUCCAGCAAAGUGAAAUACCUUGAGGAGUACCUGAAUUGUCUACUGGAGAACACAUUCUGUAAAAAUGAUAGCAGCAUGCUGGAGUUCCUCUCCAUCAGUCCCCUCUCCUUUGUCUCUGAUCUUGGACCCAAGGGCUUGGAGGGAUAUAUCUUGAAGAGGUCAGGGGGUCACCGAAUCCUAGGCCUGAACUGUAUAGGCCAUCAUCAGAUCUGCUUCCGCUGGUCACGCCGCUGGCUGGUGGUGAAAGACUCUUUCCUGUUGUACAUGAAACGAGAUAGUGGCAGCAUCGACUUUGUGCUGCUGUUUGAUCCAGAGUUCAAAACGAAAGUGGGUCGUGCUGACACAGGCACCAAAUAUGGAGUGUGCUUUGAGAACUUUAAUCGGAAUUUGAUUAUCAAGUGCAAUGGCUAUAGGCAAAGUCAAUGGUGGAAUUCUGAAAUCAAGCGUCUGGCAGAAACAUGUGACUUUCUCAAAACGCACCGCUUCGAAGGAUUCGCUCCACCGCGGGAGAACACGCUCACUAAAUGGUAUGUGAAUGGAAGUGGUUACUUUGCCGACCUGGCUGAUGCUCUCGAACAAGCCAAGGAGGAGAUUUUCAUCACAGAUUGGUGGCUCAGUCCUGAAGUCUUCCUAAAGAGACCAGCAACUAACAACUACUGGCGGCUCGAUGAGAUCCUCAAACGCAAAGCAGAAAUGGGAGUCAAAGUGUGUGUACUGCUGUACAAAGAGGUGGAGAUGGCACUUGGCAUCAAUAGUGAGCACAGCAAGAGGACUCUAAUGAAUAUGCACCCAAACAUCAAGGUGAUGCGGCAUCCUGACCACGUGUCUUCUGUGGUGUUUCUGUGGGCUCACCAUGAGAAGAUGGUGGCCAUUGACCAAACAGUAGCCUUUGUAGGGGGGCUUGACCUGGCUUUUGGGAGAUGGGAUGACAGCCAGCAUCACCUAACUGACCUUGGUUUGACAGAGACGACCGACGGGGGCAAUGGUAUGGCUGGUGGCUCUAAAACAUCUGAGCCAGAUAAGCAAGGAGAGCAGGACCCACGUGAUUUGACUGGUAACAGUAAACUGUGGCUUGGCAAAGAUUACAAUAACUUUAUCAAGAGAGACUGGGUCCAGCUGGAUAGACCAUUUGAAGAUAACAUUGAUCGUGCUACAGUUCCUCGCAUGCCGUGGCGUGACCUGUCUGCAGCUUUUCAUGGCAAAGCUGCCAGGGAUGUAGCCCGCCACUUCAUCCAGCGCUGGAAUUUUACCAAGAUCUUCAAAAUCAAGUACAAAGACGACUUCUACCCUUACCUUCUUCCCAAGUCUCAUUCCACUGCUGACUCUCUGCCAUUCACUGUGCCUGGGUCCAAGAAAGCCAAAGUGCAGGUGCUGCGCUCUGCUGAUCGUUGGUCAACUGGAACCUGUGAGAGCUCAAUCCAUAACGCUUACAUCGACACCAUCAACAAGAGUGAACACUACAUCUACAUCGAGAACCAGUUCUUCAUCAGCUGUUCCGACCAGAAGACUGUCCAUAAUGGCAUUGGUGAUGCAAUCGUGAAUCGAAUUCUGCGUGCCUACAGGUAUGACUUGAGUGUGUUGGUUUUCUAAUAUUUGUCUAUUGUCUUUCGGAGGGGCUGUGUACAAAAUGUUUUAUUCUGUCAUCCUAGGACCAUGUGCCGAGGGGAGUUCUCCAUCCUGUUGAGACUAAGCGAAUUGAAGGAUCAGUGGACAGAGUACAUCACACUGUGCGGAUUGAGGACGCAUGCCCAGCUCUCCGAGUCACCUGUCACAGAGCUCAUCUAUGUUCACAGCAAGACCCUCAUUGCUGAUGACCGCUGCUAUAUCAUUGGAUCAGCCAACAUUAAUGACCGUAGCAUGCUGGGCUCCCGAGACAGUGAGUUGGCAGUAUUUGUGGAAGAUGAAGAGAGGGUCCCAUCCAUCAUGGGAGGGGAGGAAUACCAGGCAGGACCACUGACACUCGCUCUACGCAAAGAGUGCUUCAGGGUUCUUGUUGGAGCUGCUUCAGACCCCAGUAUAAAUAUUGACGAUCCAAUCAGUGAUGAGUUCUUCUUCUUGGUUUGGAAUGACACUGCUAAAACGAAUGUUAACAUUUAUGACAAGGUGUUCAAGUGCCAGCCCUGCAACAGUGUCCAUAGCAUGCAAGCCCUGAGGGACUAUUUAAACGUGGCUCGUCUCUGUGACACAGACCCCGAGCAGGCCAAAGAGGAACUAAAGGCCAUCCGAGGAGUGCUGGUCCAUUUCCCCUUAAAGUUCCUGUGUGAGGAAAACUUGCUGCCUCCACGGAACACUAAAGAAGGCAUGGCUCCUGUAGGGCUGUGGACAUAAGCAGCAGCUCAGCCAUGUUCAGACCACUACACGACAAUGCAACUGCUGCUGUACUGCAACCAUCUUUCCUGUAGUCAGCACAGUAAACAAAAGGAGUUACAGCACCAGCACUUGAAUGGUGAGAGGAGGAGAGAGGUGUUACCCUUACCAAAUUUAUUAAUGAUCCACUUAUGAUUACUUUGUCUUUUUGAUUGACAAUGGGCUAAUGUGACUGAUGUUAGCUACUGACAUGCAAAUUUUACGAUGUCCUAUCUAUAUUAGGUUGUGCUGACCAAUUUGUUUGUGAUGUCUGCUUUAUAAUAGCUUCAGUGUGAUCUGAUCUGCAUGUCUGGCGGCGGUGCAGAGCACAGAUAUAUGAAUGUAUGAGUCAGGAGAGGAUUGCAAGGUUGUAUUAGAAAUCAAGCAUCUCACAUGAUCUGGGAACAUAGUGUACAUUUAUUGGUGCACGAUUUUUGGGUGGGUGGGUGACUCUCUCUCUCUCUGUCUCUUUUCUCUCACUCUCUCCCUCUGAGGCUUCACCUCUCACUGCAGUGCCAGAAAAUCUGUCAGAACAUUUGUGGUUGUUAUGGUGACGGAUAUAAAGAGAUGACUGGAUUGUAGCUGAAAUAAAGACUGGAUAGGGCAGAAUAGGGAGAGUGCUGAUAAGAGGUACAACUUACUAAAUCAGGAUGAUGCACUGGGAAAAAGGAAGCUAAUAUUCUGCUAGGGCUGCUGACCAUUUCUGGAUAUAUGAUCAGGUGGGGAAACUGUGAGAGCGGAAAGAAAAGCAGAACAAGAUAAUUAAAGGGUGUUAGAUUUGAUUUCCUGCUAAUUGUUGCAUUUUUUUUAAGUCUCCAUGACACCCUAGUGAAUUUUUUUUCCCACCAUACUGUCGACAGUCCAGAACAGAACAUUCCACUGCCCACUUGAGACCACUGAAUAUCUCAGCUAUUUUUAUGUUGGGUCCAGAAUCUUUCAUGUGUACCGUAUGUUACAUUUGCUCACAGACAUAGCCGUUUGUUUAGGUCCACUAUUUUUAGCCAUAACGCUGACUUGAGUUAUGACGUGAUGUCGUUUUCACAUUCUCACUGAUUGCCAUUUUGGGGCAUCACGGGGCUGUUUUUUUGAAAUGUCAUUCCCUUGAGCUGUGACCAAGCCGUGAAUGCUGUUGGGAAGUCUUUAAAUGUCUUCUACUGAAUACAUUUGUAGCAUUGCUGGUGAAAAUAGAGAGGAAACCGUCCCUCUUUUGUGUCAUUGCAUUGACUGAGAUAUCAUGUAAUAAUACAGCAGGUAAGGUACAGUAUGUGCCUUAGAAAAACAGGAAUUGGAUUCUAAGGGUUGAUGGAAAACCAAAGCGAGGGGGGAUGUUCCUUUUUCUGCAACUUUAGAUUGUGCAUUCGGGCAAAACUGUAACUCAUUUUUCAAUAUCUGAAGCACUGGGCCAAGUUUUAUUACAUGCACUUUCAUCACAAGUUUUUUACAGCAACAAACAGCAGAAGGGGACAUAAAGGCCAGUCUGUAAAACUUGUGAAUGAGACUCUGUUUUAUAUUCCUAGCCUUGUGCUUGUGUUAUGACUACUGUGCGUGCGUGUGUGUGUUCUGGAGGAGGGUUGAGCCCUUGCACAUGUUUCUUUUAAAGAGACCAGAUAAAAGAUGACCUAGAACAAUGCAAUGACAACAAAUCAUAGUUAAGUGAAUAAACCAGACUGUUGUAUAAGCUUCUGACACACACCUAUGAGUGAAAAACAUUACCUUGGCAGUUCCAUUGCAAAGCUGUCUGUGAAUGGGACAGGUGCCCCAUGCGACCAAGUCUACAUGAAGUGUCUCUCACAGGAUUGUUGUUCAGUUAAAGCAUCUGUGUUUAGAAAUAUGGAUGCUUACUUAUGUAAGAUAUUAAAAGACACUAUAAGCCCUUAUAUAUAGCCCAUAUAUAUAUUUUCUACCCUCUUUCUUGCAGCCCAAAGUGGUUGUCUUAACUGGUGUUCCUUUUAAGUUCUGCAGAAAUGCCUGUAAUAUACCGAAAAGUGACCUUAUAACGUUUCUCUCAUGAAUUUUAUUUUUAAUAGACCAAUAAUUAGCAUUCCCAAACCACUUUUAUGAAUUUAUUACUCAUUGAAAUGUGUUUGUAUUCAUCCCUGAGAGUCACUGUGUGAAACCUUGUCUCUGUAGAUCAAUGUCAUUACCUUAUAAUUACUAAUGUAUAGGGUUACUAACACUCAGGGGUAGAAAGCAAUGACCAAUAUUCUUAGUCUUGUUAGUGCAAUUAUGAGCAACUUGUAUUUUAUUGUUUUUUUUUUAACAUGAACUUGUUUUUUAUAUCCAAAUAUCUACUUUUA